CCCCGGCGCGCCGAGCCCGAAAUGAGGGCGCGCGCGCUGCUGCCUCCCGCGCUGCUGACCUGCUGCGGCUGGCUGCUCGCCCCGGUGAAUAGCAUUCACCCAGAAUGCCGAUUUCAUCUGGAAAUACAGGAGGAGGAAGCAAAGUGUGCAGAACUCUUGAGGUCCCAAACAGAAAAGCACCGAGCCUGCAGUGGCGUCUGGGACAACAUCACCUGCUGGCGGCCUGCGGACGUGGGCGAGACGGUGACCGUGCCCUGCCCGAAGGUGUUCAGCAACUUCUACAGCAAAGCAGGAAACAUAAGCAAAAACUGCACCAGUGAUGGGUGGUCAGCGAUGUUCCCAGACUUCGUGGACGCCUGCGGCUACGGCGACCUGGAGGACGAGAGCAAGGUGAUGUUCUACGUGCUGGUGAAGGCCGUCUACACCCUGGGCUACAGCGUCUCUCUGAUGUCCCUGGCGACCGGAAGCAUCAUCCUGUGCGUCUUCAGGAAGCUGCACUGCACCAGGAACUACAUCCACCUGAACCUGUUCCUGUCCUUCAUCCUGAGAGCCGUCUCCGUGCUGGUCAAGGACGACGUGCUCUUCUCCAGCUCGGGCACCCUGCACUGCCUCGACCAGCCGUCCUCCUGGGUCGGCUGCAAGCUGAGCCUGGUCUUCUUCCAGUACUGCAUCAUGGCCAACUUCUACUGGCUGCUGGCGGAGGGGCUGUACCUGCACACCCUGCUGGUGGCCAUGGUGUCCCCCGGCAGGUGCUUCCUGGCCUAUCUCCUCCUCGGAUGGGGCAUCCCCACCGUCUGCGUGGCGGCGUGGGCCGUGGCCAGGCUCCACUUGGAGGACACGGGCUGCUGGGACACAAACGACCACAGCGUCCCCUGGUGGCUCAUCCGGAUCCCGAUUUUAAUCUCCAUCCUAGUCAACUUCGUCCUUUUCGUCAGCAUCAUACGCAUUCUGCUGCAGAAGCUCACGUCCCCCGACGUCGGCGGCAACGACCAGUCGCAGUACAAGAGGCUGGCCAAGUCGACGCUGCUGCUCAUCCCGCUGUUCGGCGUCCACUACGUGGUGUUCGCGGUGUCCCCCGUCGCCGGCUCCCGGUACCAGAUCCUGUUCGAGCUGUGCCUCGGCUCCUUCCAGGGCCUGGUGGUGGCCGUCCUCUACUGCUUCCUGAACAGCGAGGUGCAGUGCGAGCUGAAGCGGAAGUGGAGGAAGUGGCGCGGCCGGUGCCUGGCGCCCUCCGUCGGCCGCGAUUACAGGAUCUACAGCACGUCCACCUCCCGCCACGGCUCGGAGGGCACCCUGCAGUUCCACCGAGGCUCCCGGGCCCAGUCCUUCCUGCAGACGGAGACCUCGGUCAUCUAGGUCACCACGCACGUGGACGCAGCAGGAGACGCAGGGUGCUGUGUGGCUGGACGCGUUUCUUGUUUUAUCCGCCGGCCACUCAUUAAUCCCACAUGUGG